AUGGCCGAUCUUACUGCUACGAUCGAGACUCCCGUCGCCAAAUAUGAGCAGCCGUUGGGCCUGUUCAUCAACAAUGAGUUCGUGAAAGGUGUCGAGGGCAAGACCUUCGAGACCAUCAACCCUACAAAUGAGAAGGUUAUCACCUCCGUCUACGAGGCCACCGAGAAGGACGUCGACAUUGCCGUCGCGGCGGCUCGCAAGGCCUUUGAGGGUUCCUGGCGCAAGGUGACCCCUACCGAGCGUGGCCGCUUGCUCACCAAGCUCGCCGACCUCAUGGAGCGUGAUAGCGACAUCCUAGCUUCCAUCGACUCCCUCGACAACGGUAAGGCCCUCACCAUGGCCAAGGUUGACGUUGCCAAUGGCAGCGGCUGCAUUCGCUACUACGGUGGCUGGUCCGACAAGAUCCACGGACAGACCAUUGACACCAACCCCGAUACCCUGGUCUACACUCGCCAUGAGCCCAUCGGAGUCUGUGGCCAGAUUAUUCCCUGGAACUUCCCUAUCCUGAUGUGGUCCUGGAAGAUCGGUCCUGCCGUCGCCGCCGGUAACACUGUCGUUCUCAAGACUGCCGAACAGACUCCCCUGUCGGGUCUUUACCUUGCCAAACUUGUCAAGGAAGCUGGCUUCCCCCCUGGUGUGAUCAACAUCAUCUCUGGCUUUGGCCGGGUUGCCGGAGCCGCCAUCUCCAGCCACAUGGACGUCGACAAGGUCGCUUUCACCGGAUCGACCCUUGUCGGCCGCACCAUCCUCCAGGCUGCUGCCAAGAGCAACCUCAAGAAGGUGACUCUGGAGCUGGGUGGCAAGUCUCCUAACAUCGUGUUCGACGAUGCCGACAUUGACAACGCCAUUUCCUGGUCCAACUUCGGUAUCUUCUACAAUCACGGCCAGUGCUGCUGCGCCGGCUCCCGUGUCCUGGUUCAGGAGGGAAUCCACGACAAGUUCGUUGCUCGAUUUAAGGAGCGUGCUGCCCAAAACAAACUCGGAAAUCCCUUCGAGCAAGACACCUUCCAGGGUCCCCAGGUUUCAAAGAUCCAGUUCGAUCGCAUCAUGGAGUACAUCAACCACGGCAAGCAGAGUGGUGCCACCGUCGCCGUUGGUGGUGAGCGACAUGGCAACGAGGGUUACUUCAUCCAGCCCACUGUGUUCACAGACGUCACCAACGACAUGAAGAUCGCCCAGGAGGAGAUUUUUGGACCUGUCGUCACUGUCCAGAAGUUCAAGGAUGAGGAAGAGGCUAUCAAGAUCAGCAACAGCACCUCCUAUGGUCUUGCUGCUGCCGUCCACACCACUAAUGUCAACACUGCUAUUCGUGUCUCCAACGCUUUGCGUGCAGGAACCGUCUGGAUCAACAACUACAACCUCAUCUCGUUCCAGGCUCCCUUCGGGGGUUUCAAGGAAUCCGGCAUUGGUCGUGAGCUUGGUUCGUACGCCCUAGAGAAUUACACCCAGGUCAAGGCUAUACACUACCGCUUGGGAGAUGCUCUCUUUGGAUAA